AUGGAUCCUGCGUGGUCGAAUGCAAAGGGACCGUUUAUGAUGGAGAAUGAACGAAAACGCAUUCUUGUCGUCACGGUUCAGAUUUUCAAGACGGACGGGCAUGCAUGGAAAGAACUAACCGAGUAUUCCGUACCACUACAAGUGUAUCAGGAUAUGAAAGACGGUCAGACGAAGUUGGCUGCUUAUGAUGGCGAUAAUGCCAUUUUUGAAGGCAUUUUGUUCGCGUCGCAGCUGCACAUAAGAUGUCAGGCCAAGAGCAUACGCAAGGAUUUACGCCGAUCAGCAGCAAAUAAUACGCUUCCGUGA